AUGAUUGAAUUAUUAGAGACCAAUCUAAAAGAAGAAAUCGAUUUUGGGUAAUAAUAACUUCUUAUACUUUAGAUAAUCAACUUUAGAAUAUCUAGGCGAUUAUGAAGACCAAUAUAAACUUACUGCAAUUUAUUAUAAGAUCAAUAAGUACAAAUAGAUCAUUUAUUAUGUUUUAAUAAUUUUAACUCUUGGAUUAUUGUACUUAUUUCAAAGAUGGUUCAUCAAUUUAAGAUUGUUUCUAUUGUAAGCUUAAAUCAUGUAAAAAGAUUUGAAAAAUGUUAAUUUGGUACAAUGACACAUGUUUUAGUGAUUAAGACCAAAAAUAUAAUUCCAAUUGCAGAUGAUUAACUAUGUAAGGUUUCGAUUGUUUAGGAUCAUCCAUUUUCUAAAAAUGCACGAGUUUUUAGUUAUGAACUUAGUUAAUAUUAUAUAGAUUCUUAUACAAAAUCAUUGAUUUAAAUGAGAAAUUCAUUUUCUGAAUACACUUAAGAUAAAAUUUGUAAUAUGACAGGUCUUACUAAUUUAACAACUGUUUAUGGAGAGAAUAUAAUGGAAGUACCAAUCAAACCAAUUCCUCUACUUUUACUUGAUGAAAUAUUAACACCUUUUAAUAUCUUUUAAUUUAGUGCUUUAGCUUUGUGGGCAUAUGAUGAUUAUUUAAAUUACUCUCUUUUUAUUUUAGUAAUCACUAUCAUUUAGAUUUCUAUUGAAUUAAGAGAUGUAAGAAAAAAUUUAUUUAAAAUAUAAAAAAUGAUUAGAUUCAAUGUAGAUGUUAAAGUAAUUAGAAAUAAUAAUCAAAUAACUAUACAAUCAAAAGAAUUAAUUCCAGGAGACUUAUUAAUAAUUGAAGGACAUACUAAAAUUAGUUGUGAUUGUAUUUUAAUUGAAGGAAAUUGUGUAAUGAAUGAAGCUGUCUUAACAGGUGAAAGUGUACCAAUUAAUAAAUCCAGUUUAGAAAAAAGUGAAAUUUUUUUUUAAUAAAAGGGAAAUGAAAAUAAAAUGUUAUUCUGUGGAACUACUUGCUUAAGAAGUUAUUCUUAAAAUGGUGAAAAUGCUAAGGCAAUAGUUUAUUAGACUGGAUUUCAAACAUUAAAAGGUAGUUUGGCUAGAUCAAUAAUGUUUAAUAGAACCUAAACAUUUAGUUUUUAUAGAGAUUCAUUAAGAUAUUUAUUUGUAUUAGCUACAUUAGGUUUAAUAUAAGCUAAUAUUACAAUUUUAAUAAGUGGAGCUUAAGGUAUUGCUUUAGGAGAAAGUAUAAUAAAUGCUUUAGAAAUAAUAACAAUAAUAGUGCCUGCAACAUUACCAACUGCUUUAGGAGCUGGUAUAAGUCUUGCAUUGAAGCGUUUAGAAGAUAAAUCUAUUUAAUGUGUAAAGCCAGAUAAAAUAAAUGUAGCAAGUAAAGUAAAUUUAAUAGCUUUUGAUAAAACAGGUACUUUAACAGAAUUAGGACUUGAUGUAUUAGGUUGUAGAGAAGUUAAAGAUUAAGGUUUUAAUAGAUUAUAAAUGGUAAAAGAAGUAUCUAAUUAAUUUAAUGAAUGUAUGGCUGUUUGUCAUUCAUUAUCAAUAAUAAAUAAAGAAAUAAUGGGAGAUCCUAUUGAUCUAUGUAUGUUUUAAGAAACAGGAUGGGAAUUAUUAGAAGAGAGUAAAGCAAAAAAAGGAAUGAAAGAAAUUGUAGUUAUAAAGAGAUAUGAUUUCUAAGCUGAAUUGUAAAGAAUGUCAGUAAUAACUAAUGAGAAUAUUUUAUAUUGUAAAGGAUCACCUGAAUAAAUAUAGAAUAUCUGUAUCAAUAUACCUUCAAACUAUAACAAUCUUCUUUAUAGGUAUAGUUCUUAAGGAUUCAGAAUCAUUGCUUGUUGUUAUAGAGAUAUUAAUCAUUUAAAUUUGUAAUCAUUGCAUAAGAGAGAAAUAUAUGAAUAAAAUAUGAUAUUCUUAGGAUUCUUAAUUUUUGAGAAUAAAUUAAAGAAAGAAACUCAAUCAACAAUCAUAAGUUUAAAGUAGAGUAAUAUUAAAUCAAUUAUGGUUACAGGGGAUAAUCCAUACACAGCAAUUAACAUAGGAUUAUAAUGUAACAUAUUGGAUCAAAAUAGCAGAAUAUUUUUAGGAUUUUUGAAUAAUGAUAUAUUAUAUUGGAAUGAACUAAAACAAUUAAAAUUGAAUAAAGUAGAUAAAAAUAGAAGUUGUUAUAGUUUAGAUUCUACUUAGGUUUAAAAUUUAGAAACAAAUGAAAUUAUGAAAUUAACUUGUAACUUUUAAUUAGCAAUAACAGGAUAGGUAUUUGAACAUUUAUAAUAUUAAUAUAAUGCAUUAAUAGACAAUUAGUAAUUGAUACUAAAUCUAUUAUAAAGAAUAUACAUUUAUUCAAGAAUGAAACCUAAUAACAAAGGAGAUUUAAUGCUCCUCUUAAGAUAAGAUAAAAUGAAUUUUAUUGCAUUUUGUGGAGAUGGAACUAAUGAUACUUGUGCUUUGAGAUAAGCAGAUGUUGGUUUGGCAUUAUCAUUAGAAGAUGCUUCUUUGGCUUCUCCAUUCACAAGUACAAUAUUCAAUAUAUCAACUAUUAUUAAUCUAAUAAAAGAAGGGAGAGCUUGUUUAGUAACUUGUGUAGAAUGCUUUAAAUUUAUGACUCUUUAUUCAUGUAUCUAAUCGGUUUCUGUUUUACAAUGUUAUUUUUAUGAUACAGAUUUCACUUAAGUCUAAUAUCUUUAUUAAGAUCUUUGGUUGAUUAUUCCAUUAGCUUUCACAAUGGAUUUAACAAAAUCAUAUAAUAAAUUAGCAAAUUAUAGACCUAUAAGUAAUUUGAUUUCAUUACCUGUUUUAUCUUCUGUUUGUGUUAUAGUUUUCAUUAGUUUUUUAGCUUAAAUAAUUAUGCACUAAUUAUUGAAACAAUAAGAUUUUUAUUAAUCAAUCACAAUUGAUCUGGUAAAUGAUGAUUAUUACAUACAACCAAAUUACAUUAACUCUAUUCUGCUUAUAACAUCUAGCACUGAAAUCUUGGCUGUAGCUAUUGCAUAUACUUAGGGACCCCCUUUCAGAGAAGCUAUCUAUUAGAAUAUUUAUUAUAUUUUAUCCAUAUCUUUGGGUAUUUUGGGAUAGAUUAUAUUAAUAUUCUUCCCAAAUUUAAUUGAAUUUUUAGAUUUGGAAGUAGAAUUUCCAACGGAUUUCAAAAUAUAAAUUCUAAUUGUAAACAUUGUUGUAGGGAUUACAAUUGCACUUUAUGAGAAAUUCGUUACUGCUAAAAUGAAUUAGAAAUACUCAGAAGUAGAAAUUAAUUUAGGAAAUCAAAAUUGAUAGAUUUAAAUAUAUAUUCACUCUAUAU